AUGGGCCGCGUCUAUGCCACGCCAGACACAGGGCCGCGUCUGUCCCACGCUGGGCACGGGGACCCACGUCUAUACCACGCCAGACACGAGGGCAGCGUCUAUGCCACGCCAGACACAGGGCCACGUGUGCCCCAUGCCGGGCAUGGGGGCCAUGUCUAUGCCACGCCAGACACGAGGGCAGUGCCCAUGGCGCCCGCUAGCACCCAUGGGUCCAACCGCCGUGUUACACACCGCAAGUCCACGCCCCUCGUGUCCACACCCUUCACGGAAGCUGGACAGAGCGUCCUGGGACGGGCGACGAUGUCCCGAAUGUGUUCAGCUGAGGGCUGCCCAGGAGGCCUGGACGGGAGCUCAGAGCGCCUCGGCCUGGACUUGGAGGCCCUGCAGGGGGGCGCGUACCUCCGGGACCUUGGCCUGGCGCCGCCUCCCCUCAGCCAGCCCGGGGAAACCGAGGCCCGCAGCGUACCCAGAAAAGAAGCCGGAGGCGAUUCCGUUUUCUCCGGGGAGACAAGCCCCCAGCACCUGCUUCGGAGGUGCAGCUGGGAGAGGUCGCGGAGCUGCUCGGGGAGCUGCUGCAGGCUCAGCCUCGAUGCCGCCGCCGCGGGCGAGGGGUCCUGUCUCCCUCGGACACUGGCCAGCCUCACUCUGAACCUGCCAGAGGCAGGCCCGCAGACCUGGACCCGCCAGUGUCUUCCUGGGGAAGGGAGCCCAGCAGAUCACCCAGGCAAGGAAGGCGACAGCCCUGAGAAACUAGUGAGGUCGCAGUCGGUUCCCGCGUCCUUCGAGGAGGUCAGCACCCCCAAGGUUGCCCUGGCUGUGGGCGCGCACGCCCCGGUUGUUCAAGGCCCGGAGCCCCUGGUGCUGGAGUGCGUGGAGCGGGACCACGGGGAGCCACACCGCGUGCUGAUUGUCCAGCAGGUGCUGCAAGAACUUCGACAGUACCAUGGCGCCCGGCAGAGGGCUCAUUUGUCCGCCAGCCCCGGAGGAGCCCACUCGGACCUCACGUGGUUUGAGUUCCUGUCCGAGAGCGAAGACGGGCCCGGCCGGAGCGAGCGCGGCAGCGACAGGGGGGCCGGGGUGAAGCGCAGACUCAGCUACCUCCGCAGCCGCGUCACCAAGCAGCGAGAGAAGGGCAAGAGCGCGGUGCCGGGGAAGGACCGGGCCCCGGAGGCCCGGGACCGGAAGGAGUGUGCCGCCGGGCACCAGCUGCUGUGCGGGAGCCUCCCCGGCCGACCCAGCUGCCCCCUGUGCGGCCAGUGCUUCCUGGACUCCGGAGGACACCCGUUCCAUGGCCCCAGGGGCCUGCCACAGGACCACUCCCCUGGCAUCCCGCCCGCAACAGCCCGGCCCCGUGGUACCGGGCUACGUCUGCAGCGCGCAGACGUGGCCCCGCGGCAGCUCCGCAGGAGCACGGCAAGAUGUGCACCUGGUCACGGCGGCGCACCCCGCCCGGGGAGCUGCUGCUACCUGGGGCCGGGUCCCAGGGCUGUGGAGCGCCAGGGCGCCGGGGUGUGGAACAGCACCCCGCUGGCCUCCGGGAGCACCCCUCCGGGCAAUCACGAAGCCAAACAUGGCUCCGGCAGAGGCAGCGAGCGCCACAGCCCCAGCCAGCAGCAGGCAGCUCAGGGCCACGCGGCAGCUUUUGCUCUUCUUUCCCCCGGCUCCACGGGGGCGCAGGACGACAGGCCGGCCGCCUUCCUGCGCGGCCCGAGCACCGCUCCCCGGGCGCUCUCACGCUUUCCCUCGGCCCCGGCCUCUGAGACCGGCGCGUGUCGCCUGCCACGGGCAGGCAGCCCGGGCCCGGGGGACAGUGCCGGGCGGGGUGGCAGCGUCAGGACGGGGCGCAGAGCCUGA